AUGUACAUUGCAUACACAUCGAAAGACACAUUUGAUCCAGAAAGCAUACGUGGGAAGCGAGUGAUUGUGACUGGUGCAAGUACCGGUAUUGGUGAACAAGUUGCCUACCAAUAUGCAAAACUGGGAGCCAAUAUAUUAAUCACUGCUCGGAGAGAGACCCUACUCAAACAGGUUGUAAAGAAAUGUUUAGACUUGGGUGCUCAAUCCGCACAUUACAUUUCUUUGGACAUGCAAGUCAUUAACGAGACCGGUAAAUUGAUAACUGAAGCUGAGAAGACACUUGGUGGACUGGAUUAUCUCGUUUUAAACCACGCCCUCUACUACUGGGAAUUAUGGGAUGGCGAUAUCGAGAGACUUCAGGCACUAAUGAAUAUCAACUUUGUUUCCUAUGUGAAUCUAGCAACCAAAGCACUACCCAUGCUGUCUAAGUCUAAUGGUAGCAUUGUUGUAGUAUCAUCGGGUGCAGGUCUUACUAGUCUACCAUUGGCUCUGACGUACUGUGCUACCAAACAUGCAAUUGGUGGAUUCUUUGAAGGAUUUCGACUUGAACUAGAGUACACAAAGAAAAAUGUUGCUGUUACUAUUUUUAUCCCGGGAGUCAUUGCCACCGAACAUGCAUUCGAUGUUGGUGAACAGCUUGAAGUAGAUACUUACGCAAUGGGAUUGUUUUGUAUGCCUGCUGCUAUUUCAUACUGUGCCUCAAAACAUGCUCUGAAUGGUUUCUUCGAAGGCCUCAGACUUGAACUUAACUAUAUGGAAAUUGAUGUACAUGUAACGCUGCUCUUAAUUGGUGCCGUAGCCACCGAUCAUGCAAUCGAUAUUUUAAAAAGUGGUCAGUCUGCUAGUGACGACUUCAUGGCGAUUUAUGGUGAUCCAGCUGUAGCAGCGUCAGUCAUUAUGACAACUUCAUGCCGUAAACAGACAUCCGCUUACUACCCAUGGGCAAUUGUUAGAACCCCUGAAAUUAUGCAUACUAUAUCACGUGAUCUAUUUGAUUUUGUGUCUUCAAAGUGGAUGUUUCCAGAACUGAGAAGUAUAUUGCUAUAA